GUUUUCCGAAACGGCUCAAAAUCUGAACGAGCACUACUACUCUGCUAGUACUAGCAUCGCAAGUAGAGACUCGAAUUGGUUAUAAAAAAAUAAAGAAAAAAGAAAAAAGUAGUAGCGUGUUCCCGCCAUGCCCCAGAAACAAUUCUAGUUAUCAAUACCAUUCCCUUUCCCUCUCCUUAACCCUUUCACUCUCUUCUGCAACACACAACAGUACACAGCUAUGUCCUCUUCGCGUCGCAACACCAACGGUCGAUCACCGCUCGUCAAUCAGCAGCGUCAAAUCACUUCCUUCUUCACCAAAUCCGCUUCUCCUUCUCCCUCUCCCACCCUCUCCAAAACCACCCAAAAACCUAACCCUAACCCUAACCCUACCCCUCUCAAUGCCAAACACAAGCCUCUUCUUCUCAUCGGCGCUUCCGCUUCUCCGCCCUCAUCUUCUCUCUACGGCCAAGAAGUUGUUGGCCGAAGGAUCAAGGUUUAUUGGCCAUUGGACAAUGCCUGGUACGAAGGUUCCGUCAAAUCCUUCGACAGCCUCACCUCCAAGCACCUCGUUCGUUACGACGACGACGAAGAGGAAUCGCUCGACCUCUCCAAGGAGAAGGUCCACUUGCUUCAGGAUUCCUCUUCCAAGAAACUUAAACGCCUGCGUCGCGGCGUCCCCGUCGUUAGGAAGAUGGUGAUUGACGACGGCGAAGAAGAAGAGGGUAAUGAUGCUGCUGAUGGUGAUGAUUCCGAUGAUGAAGAUUGGGGGAAUAAUGCUGCAUUGGAGGAUGCUGGGGACGGUGAUGAAGAUACGGACUUAGAGGAGGAAGGGGAUGAAGCAGAGAUGGCUAAAGGGAAACCUGGUGGGAAGGUUGAGGGUAGAAAGCGGAAGCUAAGUGGAACGGUGAAACAAGAGUCUGCGAAAAAGAGCAAGAGUGGAGUGGAAGUUGGCAAGGGAGCUUUUAAGUUCUCUGUGUCGGAACCUACGAGUAAUUUGGAGAAUAAAAAUACGUCUAACGGUGCUGAUAAUGUUGUGACUGCCGAGGCUUCUGAAAGAUUUGCAUCUCGUGAAGCUGAGAAAUUGCGCUUCCUGAAAGUAGAUCGCAGGGAUGCCAAGCGAAGACGGCCGGGAGAUGAUAAUUAUGAUUCAAAAACUCUUUACUUGCCUCCUGAUUUCUUAAAGAAUUUGUCGGAUGGGCAGAAACAGUGGUGGGAUUUCAAGUCAAAGCAUAUGGACAAAGUUUUGUUUUUCAAGAUGGGUAAAUUUUAUGAGCUUUUUGAAAUGGAUGCACAUGUAGGCGUGAAAGAGCUUGACUUGCAGUAUAUGAAGGGAGACCAACCUCAUUGUGGAUUUCCAGAGAAGAAUUUCUCGAUGCAUGUGGAGAAACUGGCCAGGAAGGGUUAUAGAGUUCUUGUUGUAGAGCAGACUGAAACACCUGAACAGCUGGAGCUUCGUCGCAAGGAAAAGGGCUCUAAAGAUAAGGUUGUAAGGCGUGAAAUAUGUGCAGUGGUUACAAAAGGUACAUUAACGGAUGGGGAGCUGCUGUCUUCAAACCCUGAAGCUGCUUAUUUAAUGGCCCUGACCGAGCAUCACGAAAAUAAUCCAAAUGAAAUUUCAGAGCAUAUCUAUGGUGUUUGUAUAGUUGAUGUUGCCACAAGUAGGGUUAUUCUUGGACAGUUUAAGGAUGACUUGGAGUGCAGUGCUUUGUGCUGUAUCUUAUCUGAGAUCAGGCCUGUUGAAAUUGUGAAACCUGCUAAACUACUCAGUGCUGAAACGGAGAGAGUACUGCAGAAGCAUACCAGAAAUCCUUUAGUGAAUGAAUUAGUCCCAAUUGUGGAAUUCUGGGAUGCUGACAAAACAGUGGAUCAAUUGAAGAAAAUUUAUGGGAAUACUAAUGAUGUUAGUGUUGAAGAUAGUGGCCUGCCAGAUGUUUUACUGGAGCUGGUGAAGACAGGUGAUGACAAUAGAAGUGCACUUUCAGCACUAGGUGGUGCUCUCUAUUAUCUGAAACAGGCUUUUCUAGAUGAGAGAUUGCUUAGAUUUGCACAGUUUGAGUUACUUCCAUGUUCUGGUUUUGGUGACUUUGCUUCAAAACCCUACAUGGUUCUUGAUGCGGCUGCCCUGGAGAAUCUUGAGAUUUUUGAGAAUAGCAGGAAUGGAGAUUCUUCGGGCACACUCUAUGCCCAACUAAACCAAUGCGUUACUGCAUUUGGAAAGAGAUUGCUAAAGACAUGGCUUGCAAGACCAUUAUGUCAUGUGGAGUCAAUUAAGGAACGCCAAGAAGCUGUUGCAGGUUUGAAGGGAGUUAAUCUACCUUCUGCACUAGAAUUUCGAAAAGCAUUAUCCAAGCUACCUGACAUGGAGCGGUUGCUUGCACGCAUCUUUUCCUCUAGUGAAGCUAGUGGAAGAAAUGCUAACAAAGUGGUUCUGUAUGAGGAUGCAUCCAAGAAGCAACUGCAAGAGUUUAUUUCAGCUCUGCGUGGUUGUGAACAGAUGGAACAAGCGUGCUCUUCACUUGGUGUCAUUUUGAAUCAUGUCAAAUCCAGACAACUUCAUAAUCUGUUAACACCAGGUAAAGGUCUUCCUGAUGUCUGUAUGGAUCUCAAUCAUUUCAAGGAUGCCUUCGAUUGGGUGGAAGCCAAUAACUCUGGGCGUAUAAUACCUCGUGAAGGAGUUGACACAGAGUAUGACUCGGCCUGUAAGGCAGUUAAAGAGAUUGAGUCCAGUUUAUUGAAGCAUCUCAAGGAACAAAGGAAAAUACUUGGAGAUACAUCAAUUACUUAUGUCAGUGUUGGAAAGGAUUCAUACCUAUUGGAAGUGCCAGAAAAUUUGAGUAGGAAUAUUCCUCGGGAUUAUGAACUGCGUUCAUCCAGGAAAGGCUUUUUUAGGUACUGGUCUCCAGAUAUUAAAUUGUUUUUGAGACAGCUCUCCCGAGCUGAAUCUGAAAAGGAGUCCUUGCUUAAAAGUACACUUCAGAGAUUAAUAUCGCGUUUUUGUGAACAUCACACUAAGUGGAAGCAGUUGGUGUCCACAACUGCAGAACUGGAUGUCUUGAUCAGUUUAGCUAUUGCUGGUGACUACUAUGAAGGACCAACAUGCAGACCUAAUUUCAUAGGCACAUUAUGCACAAAAGAAGCUCCUUACCUCCAUGCUAAAAAUUUGGGACACCCAGUCCUUAGGAGUGAUACCUUAGGCAAGAGUGCCUUUGUACCCAAUGACAUAACCAUUGGUGGUCCAGAUCAUGCUAGCUUUAUUCUUCUAACUGGUCCUAACAUGGGUGGGAAGUCAACUCUUCUUCGUCAAGUUUGCUUGACUGUAAUUUUGGCCCAGGUAGGAGCUAAUGUCCCAGCAGAAAGUUUUGAUUUGUCACCUAUUGACCGGAUUUUUGUUCGAAUGGGGGCCAAAGAUAAUAUAAUGGCUGGCCAAAGUACAUUUUUAACUGAGCUUUCAGAAACUGCACCAAUGCUGUCAUCAGCCACACGUAAUUCAUUGGUGGCUCUGGAUGAGCUUGGGCGAGGGACUGCAACUUCUGAUGGGCAAGCCAUUGCGGAAUCCGUAUUAGAACAUCUUGUGCGAAAGGUGCAAUGUCGGGGAUUGUUUUCUACACACUAUCAUCGAUUAGCUGUAGAUUAUCUCAAAGAUCCCAAGGUCAGUCUCUGCCACAUGGCAUGCCAAGUUGGUACUGGAAUUGCAGGUUUGGACGAAGUCACCUUUCUUUACAGGCUUACCCCUGGUGCUUGUCCCAAUAGCUAUGGUGUUAAUGUUGCUCGGAUAGCUGGGCUUCCAUCUUCCGUGCUUCAGAAGGCUGCUGCAAAGUCCAGAGAAUUUGAGGCCACUUAUGGUAAAUGCAGAAAGGUGUCUACUGAAACAAACCCUCCCAAUAAAAAUUGGCUUGAUGAGAUAGCAGUUAUCAUACAAAAACUGAACAACGCUGCUACAAAUUUGAGUUGCCAGGAAGCCAUUUGCGUCGGUUCCCUAAGUGAACUUCAGGAUAAAGCAAGAGAACUAAUGCUGCGAUGUUAAACUAUUUCAAGAGUUUGUCAUCCGGCAUCCAGAUAACAGUAGUAAUUCAUUCUUUUGAGAAGCAAGCAAUUUUGUGGCCGUAUUCUACGUUGAUAUCGAUUCUGUAGGAAAUGGCCUUGUAUGUUGGUUGUCCAACAAGUUUUGUUUAGCGCUGUGCUUGUAAAUAGUUACGGAUAAAACGGUGAUACGAUACGAGUUAAACUAAUAGAUAACUAGAUUGAAGGCUCUGACCCAUUGUACAUGUUGAGCAGGUUAUCCAAUAGAUUUUUGAAGUCAAUAUAAAUGUUGCACAAGUUA